AUGGCGUCCCUAAAAGCACGUGUGGAAGAUGCCAUACGUGGCGAUGCUGCCAAAACCGCUCUCCUUGAGGAGAUGUUGGCAGACAUCGAACAACUGACACAACAACGUGACGCCGCGAAGAAUGAGCUCGAGAUGGCUCGAGAUACGGCUCGCACGUAUUACCAGAAGAUGGUCCAAGCAGAAUCAGAGAAGACGCACAUAAAGACAUCUGUGGAGGAGUGCGACAGAUUUGUUCUCGUUUUGGUUGAUGGUGACAGUAUGCCGUUUCUCGAUGAAUUUGUGUCCAGAGGCAUAGAGGGUGGAGAAGAAGCAGGCAAGCACCUUCGAGCUGCAAUAGUGGAAUAUUACAAGACGAAUCCCAGAUACCGUGCUGAUGACCGAGUUAUCAUUCGCGUCUAUGCCAACACUCGUGGUCUGAGCCGAACGUAUAAAGCAGCUAAAAUCAUCUCCGACGAGAACGUCUUCGACCUGUUCACCGUUGGAUUUAACAAAAGCCACCCCCUCUCGGACUAUAUUGACGCAGGGAACCACAAGGAGGCUGCUGACUCAAAAAUGAAAGCAAACCUCGAGCUGUUUUAUCGCAACUAUCACUGUCAACACAUCGUCUUCGGGGGCUCGGCAGACAGCAGCUACGCUGGCUUUCUCGGUCCGUAUGCACUUCCCAACACGAUCAACGAUCGCAUCACACUGCUAGAAGGCCCACCCUUUCCAUGGGAGCUUAAGAGAGUUGCCCAAGGGUUUCGGCAAUUGUCCUUCAAGGCCAUCUUUCGGUCAACCAAGAUUCAGAUCACUCCGAACGGCACUGUCACACUCACCGCGGGUAUCAAGAGACCUGCACCUGAUUCAUUUCCCGUCGUGCGAGAUCGGCCCUCGCCAGGGCAAGCGGGUGCGGCUCUCACGCCUCCCAAGCCUCAGCCUGCUCCGAAUGCGCAACCACCUACGCCGUCGCCGAUUAUCUAUCAGAACCAAUAUGGGCAACGACUGGAUUUACCGCUUCAAAUCGACAAACAAUAUCUGCAGUACCUCUACGACCACAAUUCACGGCUCUGCAACAAUUUCUACCUCAAAGGUCACUGCCCGUACGGGGCCAAUUGUGAAUGGGAUCAUUCACAAGUCCUCAACCAAAUCCAGCUCAAUACCUUUCGCUACAAAGCUCGAACGUCAGCCUGUCGAAGUGCGUUUUGUCAGGAUCCUCAAUGCCCGCUCGGCCACAUGUGUCCGCGCAACGGCAGCUGCCUCGUCUCGGCAUGCAAGUUUCUUCCGGAGAUGCACAACAUCGAUGUCAGCCAAGUUUACGAGUGCAACCUUGCGACCAAAGAGAGAAAACUUGUACAGGUGAAGAUCUAG